AUGAGCUCCGUGAUCCCCCUGAAGGAUUCGGAGCACAAGCUGCUGCCUCUGCACUUUGCGGUGGACCCAGGGAAGGGCUGGGAGUGGGGGAAAGACGACAACGAUAAUUCCUCUCUCUCUAGCCUGAUCCUGUCGCUAGAAGCCAAGCUGAACCUUCUGCACAGCUACAUGAAUGUGACGUGGAUCCGGAUCCCCUCCGAGACCCGGGCCCCUCUGGCGCAGCCGGAGUCCCCGACGGCCUCGGCGGGGGAGGACGUGUAGUCCCUGACCGACUCGCUGGACUCGGACCGCGACAAGCUGUGCAGCAACUCCAACAGCAAGAACGGCAAGGACAAGGAGAAGGAGAAGCAGCGCAAGGACAAGGACAAGACCCGCGCGGACUCCGUGGGCAUCCAGCUGAAGAACAUGGGCGGCCUGGUGCACGGCCCGAUGAGCCGCUCCAAGUCAGCCAACGGCAAUCACGGCCACGCGCCCGAGCGCGGCAAGGAGAAGAAGGCCAAGGCGCGCAAGGGCAGCGAGGAGGAGUCGGGAGCCUCGGCCACCACGUCGCCUUCGGAGAACACCACGCCGUCGCCCACGGGCAAGGCAGCAGGCGCGUCGCCAGCCGACAAGGGCGGCGGGCCCCGCGGCGAUGCCUGGAAGUACAGCACGGACGUGAAGCUGAGCCUCCACAUCCUGCGCGCCGCCAUGCAGGGCGAGCGCAAGUUCAUCUGAGCCGGCCAGCUGCUCACCAGCCACCGGCAUUAGUUCCACGAGGAGAUGAUCGGCUACUACCUGACCAGCGCGCAGGAGCGCUUCAGCGCCGAGCAGCGGCGCCGCGACUCCCCCGCCGCCUCCACGGCCAAGGGGCCGCCGCGCAGGCCUGAGGCCGAGGGCGGGCUGAGUCCCGAGCGCGCCUCGCCGGGCCCCACGCAGCUGGUGCUCAAGCUCAAGGAGCGCCCGAACCCCGCGGCGGAGGGGGCACGGGCGGCGCCGCGCGGCGCGGCCUCCACGGGCCCCGGCGGCGGCGGCGGCUGCGGCCGGCGCGCUGGCGCCAGCGGACCGGUCCCCGGGGGCAGCCCCCUGGCGCCGGGGCGCCAGAGCGUUAUCCACGUGGAGGCGGAGGCGCGCGGGACAAGGCGUGCUGCGGCCGUGGGCGUGCUGCGGCCGUGCGCCUUGUACCCGCGGCAGAGCCGCGAGCUGUCGUCGCUGAGCUACAGCCCGGCGCGCGCCGCCGCCCUGUGCACGGUCAACACGGUCGAGUUGAUGGCGCCCGUCCCAGGGGCCUUGCCCGGCGCGGCGGGGGCGGCGGGCGCUGCCGAGCGCAAGUCGCAGACCUACGCCAACGGCUUCGGCUCGGCGCGCGACGGCCUGGAGUUCGCCGACACGCCGGCCGCGCGCUCGAACGGUGAGGGCGGCCCGGACGCUCGCCAGCGAGAGAAGUGCGCGUUCUACGGGCGCGCCGAGACCGAGCACUACUGCUCGUACUGCUGCCGCGAGGAGCGGCGGCGGCGGCGGCGCUAGGCGCCCGCGGCCCGGCCCUGA